UUCGCUCGGGAUGAGCGAGGUUGGACCCGUCGCAGCUGCUUCUUUGCAUCCUCAGGGUCGCUGGUCAGAGAUACUGCAGGCUGUGGAUGCGCUUAGGAGCGAACUCUCCCCUCUGUGACACUGCGUUAGAUUGGGAGCAGGAGGGCAGCAGGGGAAUAGCCCCAGCAGCAGCAGCCCCAGCAGCAUCUCCCUGGAACCCUCCGGCGUGGGCUCUUUGUCUGUGCAGGGAAGGGGGCGCCUCCCCCCAAGGUAGAGAUCCCCUCUCCGGAGCCCUCACCCACUGGCUGGGCACUAUGCGUGGGAGCAGCACAGGAACAGGCUCACACAUGCAACAUGUUGCACUGAGGCCAACAAAGCCAUAAGUCAACGUGGACAGAAAUUGAGUUGGCACUAAUGUUGAAAUAUGACGGCAAUUUAAUAAGUUACAUACUAAUACAACUGUCUAGAGGUGACACAAUUUCAAUCUGUGGUACUUAUGAAACUGCUAUUCCAAAAUGAGCACACCUAUGGUUUCAAGCAAGGAAUGUUCAACUGGAAAUUCCAUUAACAGCAACCAAGAUCAAGUUGACAACAAAAAUGUGAUCAGCUUAGGUGAUAACAAUGCCAACCAAAUAUACCCAACAGGGAAAACUCAGGUCUCAAGCAGCAUUAAAAAACCAGGGGGGUUGUCCACAUCACAGUCAGAUCUUUCCCAGUCAUGUGAGGAGCACAGUACAUCGCUCACCUCUGGUCAGGAUUCUCCAUCUGGUGAUCAGCCGUUGAGUGAUCCAAAGUCACCAUCCCUGAUAGAAAGAGACAUUAACAAACAUUUUGUGACUGAUGAUGCUAAAGGCAGUUUAAAAACAACUGGAGCUUUUGAUGGACAUUCAAAGGCUGAUGGACAUUCAAAGGCGGGUGUGCUUGACAGAAGUUUGGUGUAUCCUCAGAGCAGAGUUAGUGACUCUUCCCUCAUUAUGUGUAGUAAUAACACUGGUAACCUAUCACACAAUGAACAGGUUAAAGGAAUUUCCUUUCUGAAAUCAGGUAUGGUAUCGACAAAAUCAGAAACUUUUGCUAAAGGUCGUAUUUCACCAACGCCAUGUUUGAUCUCCCCACCCAAGUAUUUACAGAUGCCAAAUCACGGGAUUAGGGCAACUAAUUCAUCAAUACCAGUUGACCAUUUAUUUGGAUUCUCUUCCCAUACACACAGUUGCGGCUCAGAGGAAAAAAAGAUUGUACUUUGUUCCAGGUCACCUACCUCAGAUGUCCCUGAAUUAUCACUAGGCGAGGGAGCCUUAUCAAGUGGUAAUAAGCCAAGCACACUACAUACCAGUCCCACAAGCACUGACCAUCAUUUAAGAAUCCCUUCUAAACCUCAGGUAAUUUUUAAUAUAACAGAAGCACAAUUAUAUCAGGGUCAAACACAAAAAACUUCAGAAAUUUCAGAUUCCAACUUAUUACAGUCUAAAAGAAUUUGUCGGCACAAACAAGACCAGAGUACGAUGACUGCAAUUUCAGGUACCAAGACAGCAGGCAAUAUUUCCGAAUCCAGAACAUCUCCAGUUUCAAAUCUUUAUGCUCCGUUGGGUCAUGUAGAUAUGUCCCAAUGUUACAAAGUCAUAAACCAUGAAGACAAGAGUUUCGGUAGCAGCCCUAAAUUAUCUCAUUUUAGUCUAGCACAUAAGAAGCCGGAUGAAUAUGCAUCUGAUAUGGGGAGAGAGCUAAGCACCAAGCCUCUUAUACGAAAAACAACAUCACUCAGCGAUUCCCUGGAUAAUAAACCACUUCUACAUAAAGACAGAGGUUCACUUGAAAGUUUUCUUUGCCAGGACAGUGACAAUAAUUUUGUUUUAAGCAGCAACAUGGCUUCCACAAAGGAUAAAACGGCUUUAGUUGAGAGCAAAAAGGCAAUUGUCGGGAGAAAACAUCAGUCAGAUGGUUUAAAAGGCAGCAUGAAAGACAGCCAGAAGGAUCUAACUGAUACCUUUUCAUGUGCUCCCAUUUUACCAGGCCUCGUGACUGCAGUAAAUAUUAAUGAUCAGUGCAUUGCCUCACCGAGCAGCUCUGUGGAUCUUAAUGCUGUUCAUGUUGACAGAUUGUCACCUUCCUCAGUUCUGCCACCUUUUGAUGGUACACAAGUCUUAAACAUUUCCCCUAAAGCCACUAACAAAUUGCUUUGUAGUAGUGGAAUUCCAAAACCAAUACUAAUACAUUCCAAGCCUUGCCUUGCAAGUAAAGCUGAUACGGACACCAAUGACAAUGAAAAGCCAGAAGAAGCACCUGAACCAAUUCUAAUCAUCCCUAAACCCAAGCAUGUCCGACCUAAGAUUAUUACCUACAUUAGAAGAAACCCUCAGACAAUAGACAGACUUCCAUAUGGUCCAGUAGGCAUGCCUUUUGGUUCCCCUGCUUGCAAUGUUCCAAUGGCAAGAGACCAUGAGGUCUUAGGCAGUGACAUUAAUGCUUCCAAUGUCCUACUAGAUAAAUAUAAAGCAGACCUGCAGAAACAAAGAAUAUAUGCCGCUGGUUUAAUGGUGUCUGGAAUAAGGCCUCCUGGACAUCAUUUUGGACAGAUUAAUGAAAAAUCAAUAGACGAGGCAGCUGAAAGAACAAGGAAAGAAGAGUUCUCUUCUCCCCCAUUCUCCCACUAUGAAGUUCCUCCCAGUUUCUAUCGAUCCACCAUGAUCUUAAAGCCCCAGCUUGGUUUGGGUGCCGUCACCAGAUUGCCAUCAACUAAAAGUAGAAUCCUGGCCGCAAACCAACGGUCCUCAACCUGCUCUCUUCCACCUCCAGAACAAGUGGCAUCUUCUGAAAGCCUUAUCAAUGCUGAAUCCUCAGAGGAUGUGAAGCAAGCAUUGAUUUCUAACGGUGCCAAAUCGAAUCUGCCCAAGCCCUGUCAUUCGGGCCUUCGUCCGCCUGGCUAUUCUCGGUUACCAGCUGCUAAGCUAGCAGCCUUUGGAUUCGUCAGAAGCUCUAGCGUGUCAUCCCUCUCAAGUAACCAGUCUACUGAGAGUAUCCAAAGUGACCACAGCAGAACAGCCAAUGCAGGUACGAGCCUUGCAAAUGAAGAGCAAUCCACUCCAAAGAGCGUCUUGCCUUCAAAGGAUAUACCCAAGGGUAGCAGUAGGACUGUAUUGCAAGUGUGUAGCAGCACGACAAUUCCCCGCAGGAGUUUACUUCCAGCACCGAAAACAUCCACAUCACCUGCUGGGUUAAAGAAGGAGACACAGAAAGACCAUGAGAUUACUAACAGACCAGCUCUUUCAUCGCCUAAAAGACAAGCCCCAUCAGCUAACAAGGUCCAGUCACCAGGACACCCCAAACUCAGGCCGACUAUCUCUAAGAAUGGCUAUGCUGCCAAGCCAGAAGUACAGUCCCGAGAAACCGAGCGUCAGGUCAUCCAGAAGCUCAAAGAGAAGUGCGAGGAGCAAACAAAGAAGCUCUUAUUGGCCAGAGAAGAGCUGAAGAGAGCGAGCUGUGGCUUUGCGGUCUUUGCCGUCACAACUCAGUACUUCUUUCAGAAGAAUGAAAAUGGCCUUGUAAAGGAAAAGCAGCUGCUGGAUGAGCUUACAACAAUCAGAGAUGAAGUGGUUGUUAAUAUCACGAGGUGUGAGAAACUGCAGAAGGAGAAAGAGGAGCUGGAAAUGAGAUUUGAUAAUGAGGUGAGGAAGCUGGAACAGGAACAGGAGCGAGAAAUCCUGGCACUGAAGGAUCGGCUGGAACUGCAAUACAAUGAGGAAACCGAGAGGCUGCAAAAGGAACAGAGUGUCCAGCUGGAACGAGUUCGAUCCCAACACCAGGAACAGAUUGAAGACCUGGCUGCCACCCAUGAAGGUGCACUGUCCCAGAUCAAGCAGAACUAUUCGUCGGGCAUUCAAGCAAUACGGGUUGAGCAAGAACACAGAAUGCACGACCUGAAACAGAACCACGAGCUGGAAAAGAAAAACCUGGAGGACAACUUUGAAAAACUGCGACUGUCGUUACAGGAUCAGGUGGACACAUUAACGUUCCAGAAUAACACGCUACGAGACAGAGCGAGGAGGUUUGAGGAGGCGCUGAUGAGAAGCACGAAUGAACAGUUAGAGAUUGCCCUAGCGCCAUACCGCCACUUGGAUGAAGAUUUGCACAGUGUGAAACAAGUGCUGGAGAUGAAGAACCAACUAAUCCAUCAACAGGAGAAGAGAAUAAUGGAAUUGGAAAAACUGGCUGAAAUAAACGUUCUUUUGGAGGAGAAAGUCCAGGUCCUUCAGCAGCAGAACGAAGACAUGAAAGCCAGGAUUGCGCAGAAUGUGGUUGUCACCAGGCAAUUAUCUGUUGAAAAUGCCAAUCUACACGAAAGUGUGGAAAAAGAAAACAAGGAAAAAAAGAGGUUAAGUCGCACAAAUGAAGAGCUGGUAUGGAAACUGCAGACAGCCGAGUCCAUGAGUCCCAUCAAACUGCCUUCUUCUCCCAUUAAUCACUCUGUUUCAGGGUCGCUUUCCCCCUCUAAAACCAACCCGUCGCCGAGAUGAUACCCAGACAGCCAAUGAAGAACGGACUUGUAUUCCAUGACAUUCACUUGAGAAUGAUGGGUUCUAGAAGAAUCUUCCAUGCAAUGCAGUAGUUCCCUACUGUUCCGGCCACUGACUGGGAGAGAAACAGAACCGUUCCUGCUUUCAGACGAUGACACCAAGCCAAGGAAACCAAGAACAUAACGAAGAUACCGUACUUAAAUAUGGAUAAACCACAUCCACGUUUCAGGUUCCACACAGUCCAAAAUGCUGGGGAUGUAUAUACUAUUGUACAUAUACAAAUAAAAAUCUUAUCUCCUUUCUUAUUGGAUAAAUGCUGAUGGUCAGCCAUUUUUUUUUUUAAUUGGUGCCUAUGUCUUUUACCUUAAGGCGACAUAUCCCAUUUUUACUCCCAAUAAGGUACUGUUUAUAAAACUAUAAGUGAAAGCGCCUUUUCUUUUCGUACCACAACAGAACACCACAAGCAGGACGACCCGUUCACCAGCGAAAUGACACACAGGAUCUUCUCUGCCUUCGCAAUAAUCGCCAGCAUGUCAGGCUCUCUUAUUGGUUUACAUGUGAUCGUAAGACUUUUUGUAUUCAAACUGCUGUCGGAGUUGGUGUUAUUAUACAACCUCUUGGCUGGGUCCAACAGUAAGCCACUAAGCUAGGUUCUCUUUUCUUUUUUGGUUUAAUGUAUGGUCCAUUUUUACCGUGCACAUGAAUGGAAAUAUGAUAAUAAUAAAAAAGCAACUUUUCAAACACA